GUCCACUAUUUCUCUCAUUUGUCAAGUUCUUUCUGGUUAAGUGUAAUGAGUUUCGACAUUUGGUGGACAUUUAGAGAUUUUCGUUUGUUACACAGAAACAAGAGAGCGAAACAAGAGAGAAAAAAAUUAAUAUAUUCUAUCUUUGCUUGGGGAGGUUCCUCCAUUUUUACUAUUAUUUAUAUUAUCAUGGAUUUCGUUCCCAAGAUGCAGAAAAGUCAUUCUGAUAGAAUUGGACUGUAUUCUUGCAUGGAUUUUGUUAGUUUUGACGCGUCUCGAUUGUAUUUUUACGUGCCGCAAAGUAUCUGUGUUAUUAGUAGCAUUUGCUUAUCUAUUUACACAGCAUUGAAAAUUAUGCGUUAUGAAAAGGACACAGCCCGUCGUCUGAGAGAUUCAGAAAGCAGAUUUUAUAAUGACAACAAGCGAUGGUUCAAUCUAUAUCUGAGUCUGUUUAUCAUGUUAUUUAUCAUAAUGGCCAUAAAUUGGAUUGUAAUAACGUCGGGCGGAUUUAUGUUUGAUUAUGACAUUGAUAAUAUGGUAAUUAAGCUGUACGUCCUUUCUAUUAUUUUUGUAAUGGACGCUAUGCAACAUAUCGGUACGUUUAUCAUAUUCGUGUGUAAAAAGACAAUCAUGCGACAGCUAUUGAAGCGUUUCUAUCAGAAUUGCAAAUGUUUGUCCGAAACUUCGACAUGAAACGAUUACAAGUUUUAAUAACUGUACCAUGUCAAGAAUAUUUUUUUUAUAACGUUAUAAUUUUUUUAUAACGUUUUUAUAACGUAAAAACAUUAAUUAUGAAAAAACGAACCGUCACACAAAAAAUUUGAUGAGAAUAUAUAAUC